CAAGCGUGACUCGCCUCUUUGCGGGGCCAAUAACGCCGCUUUCAAUGGGCAGGCAGUGAGUUGCGUCAGUGACCGUGUGCAGUUUUUGUUUUUAUCAAACGAUACCGAGCACGGUGCUGCUCGCCUGCCGUGGCAAUAGGAAGAAAGGCGUGGAUUUUGGGGCAGUAGAGCCCUUUUGACACCGGUGGGCUUUCGAUCCAGAAAAUACGCCCAAUAACAGGCGGAUUGUUUAUAUUGCUAUAUUCUGGGAAAUUUGCAUCGGGAUAACAUUGUCGUAUAGUGUUGUCACCUGACAGUCGAUUUAAACAAUAUCAUGUCGACCGAGAAGCAAAGUAUCCCCGAGGCCAAUUUACAAGGGUCUUGGGUGGAGCUGCACUUCAGCAACGGGGGCGGCCAGGGGGAAGAGCAGGUGUCCGCCUCCGUGCACAGCGGAGACAUGGAAAAAAUGCUGCUGGACGCGCAGCACGAAUCCGGCCGCAGCAGCUCCAGAGGAAGCCUGCCCUGCGACAGUCCCCCAAGACCCCAGACGCCACAGGCUCAGAGAAGCUCAGAGGCACACAGUACCGGGGAGAAGAAUAGUUUUCAGUCUGAAGAAGAUUAUCUCGAGAGGAGACAAGAAGUGGAGACCAUCAUGAAGAAGAACGCCGACUGGAUCUGGGACUGGUCUAGUCGCCCGGAAAACAUGCCACCCAAAGAGUUCCUGUUCAGACACCCCAAGAGGUCUGGCACCCUCAGCAUGAGGAACACCCGGGUUAUGAAGAAGGGAGGCAUUUUCUCUGCAGAGUUCCUCAAGGUCUUCCUGCCAUCGCUGCUCAUCUCGCACAUACUGGCCUUGGGUCUCGGGGUCUACAUUGGAAGACGGCUGACCAGCCCCACCAGCAUGUUGUAAGGAUGCGCUAUCCAGGUGGGAUGCAUCCAUCAUCGUUCCCUUCGGCCUGCGAAGCACCCCCCCCACCCCCACCGAGUGAUGCUUUGUAGAUUCCAGUAGGCACGGUGUGAGCCAACCCUCCCCCCAAGGCCUUGCAGCGCUCGUGUUCUCGUGGAUUCUGUCGCCCCGGUAACCGCUUCGCACUCUCGGGCGGCUCCUCUGUAAAGUCCCCUCAUCCACCCCCUGUGCCACCACGCCCCUGAGGGUUCCCCCCCCACCCCCCCACCAGUGUCAUCUUCAGAACCACCGUCGAGCACUGGCGUUAAUCGGGUAAAUGUUCGUGCCAUUAACGUUGGGUAGAGGGGCAUCUGGUCUUGAGUGACAUUUGUAAUGGGAUGCUGGGCUUGAUGUUGGGACAUUUCUUGCUGGUAAAAAAACAACAACAAAUGCCCAAGGAGGUUAUAGCACAGGACAUGGAGUAAAAGCUACAUGUCAAACAACUCCUUCAUAAUCUCUGAUCCUAAGAACCAAACUCAAACCACCAAAGGAUUAUUAUUACUGAGGAAAGGAUGACAGAAGUCUGCCCAGCAACUGAAUGGAAGCUGCAGUAGUAACUGGGUCAAAUGCGUACCAUGCUGGUCAGUCUGGACGUACUUUCAGAUGUCAGGUUACAGACUCAGGAUUGUGACAAUUAUCUUAUACAGCAACUCGCCAGAAGUCAUCUGAAUGUUAACUAGCAUCAUCUGUAUAGCAGCCAGUAGUCAGCAUAUGUGAAUGUAAAGCAGGAAGACCAUCAAACGCUUUAGGCUUGACGUUUCAUAGCAGUUUUGUAGGAAUGUUGGAAACUGUAAUCGUUACGUAAAAAAAUAAAACAAACUGCACAGCAGA